AUGGGGAGUGGGAAGAAGAGGGCGGCGCUUGCGUCCCUGUUCGGGUUCAAGAACAAGAGACAGGAGGAGGAGGAGGCAACGGCGGCGAGGCGGCAGCAGCAGAGGUACCAACACAUUCACAGGGUGCGGCCGAGCGACGACGACGACUACGCCCGGCACUGGUACGCCGAACGCGACAUCGACCGGAAGGCCUCCGAGUUCAUCGACAAGGUCCACCGCCGGAUGCUCGCCAACGAGCAGGACGGAUAG